CCCAUCCUCCCAUCCUUCCAUCAUGGCCCUAUUGGCCGAAGCGAAAAGACUAUGGAACAAACAUGUCCAUUUUCUACAGCUUCAUUAUGCCUACAUUCUCUUUCUAUGCUUUUUCUUCUCCGGAUGCUUUUAUUUCGAUCCCAAUGGGGUCCGGCCAAACUAUAUUGAUGCGUUGUUCAUGAUGGUGUCCACAAGCACAUGCACUGGUCUAAAUACUGUUACGAUCACCGAUAUGUCCACUUAUCAACAGUCUUUGAUCUUUGUAUCGUCCAUCUUUGGCUCCAGCGUUUUCAUUAGCUGUGUCAUAGUCUUUGUUCGAAAACAUGCAUUUGAAGACCGGUUUGAGGAAAUUGUCCAGUAUAACAGGAAAAAACAUGAAGAGCAAGAUCGAAAUCGUGGUAGCAGAUCAAGUGAUUUAGAAUUAGGAACUGGAGGGCCUUUGACCUCCCUCGGCAGAAGAUUCUCUUCGAUCUCUGCUCAUCGAAGUUCAGAUGAUUUUCACCCAGAAAUCAGAGUGGUUCGCCGACCGUCCAUUCUUGAGGAUUUGUCCGCAAAGCAACAAGAAGAGGAGAACCACAGAAAUAUGGACACUACAUCUACCAGCUCCAACGAUUUAAUACAACAGCCAAACGCAAUAAAGAAUGCAACUCCAGAACCGUCGCCCAAUCCCUCCAGACUGGCAACCCCAUUGCAGUCCCGAAGAAACUCUUUGAUAGGUAGCGUUCAUCCACUGGAGACAGACACCGAAGAAUCUGCUGAUGAAGUGUUCAAAAAGCAGAGGAGCGCAAGUUUAAAUGAUCGGCGAUCGAUGCAAUCAGACGAUACAAGCAAUAUACUACCGAAUGACGACGACGAUCAAGGAGAUCCGAAUGCCCAAACCAUUAUGUUUGCCGAUGAUAUUGACAAUCAGCGGCAGCAGGCCAGAAAUAUGCGCAAGCGAAGAACAGCAGAUAAGGAUGGCGACUACGCUCAUCGAAAUCUGAGCGCACUCGUUAGUAAAGAGCAGCUCACUCAAGAAGAACGGUUCAAUCUUGGUGGAGCGGAAUACAGAGCAUUGCACACACUGUCUUUCAUUGUUCCGCUCUACUAUUUAUGCAUACCUGUUUUUUUCAGCUUCGUAUUUCGCAUCUAUUUCGCCACUUCAGAAUAUGGACAAUGGGUUCUCGAUACGUCCAAUGGAAGCAACAAUGGUGCAGUGAAUCCAUGGUUCAUGUCUUUUUUUACUGCCAUUGCGGGCUUCAACAAUGUUGGCCUGUUGCCCUUGGAUGAUAGCGUUGUCCCAUUUCAAAAGUCUCCUCUGUUCCUGUUGGCCUUGGCUUUUCUGAUUUUGGUCGGAAAUACCGCGUUUGCCUUGCUCCUUCGAUUGAUCAUUUGGGUCAUGUGGGUCACAACUCCAGUAUCCAGGCAGGUACAUAAGGACUCGCUGAGAUUCCUGCUCGAUCACCCGCGUAGAUGCUUUACAACUCUCUUUCCUUCGAUGCAAACAUGGUGGCUUUUCCUCAUCCUCUCUAUCAUCACCGUCACGGAAUUGGUCAUGUUUUUGAUUCUGGACUAUUGGCUGCCUGUGGUCCAGGAUAUUCCUUGGGGCUACCGAGUUCUGGAUGGUCUCUUUCAAUCCAUCUCAACCCGUAACGCCGGUUUCAGUGUCAUUGACAUCUCCCAGGUCAAUCCUGGCCUGACCAUCAUAUAUGUCGUUGCGAUGUAUAUAUCUGUUUAUCCUGUAACCAUUUCCAUGCGAAGAACCAACGUAUAUCAGGAACGAUCUCUUGGCAUAUACGGCUCUGAAGAUGAUGAAGAACCAAAUUUCACAGACUUGGACCUAGCAGAACGCCCUACCUUUGUUGGUUUAAAAAGGUCCAAUACAUUAUCCUCCAUCAUGACGACGACACGUGGGUUAGCUAAAGGCAUCAAACGACCGGAUUUUUUUGUCAUGCAACAAGUACAACGCCAGUUAUCCAGUGACUUGGCAUGGAUUGUUAUCGGUAUUUUCUUAAUCUGUGUCAUUGAAUCGGGACAGAUUAUGAGUACUUCCCCCAUCACCGUGUUCUCGGUCAUAUAUGAGUGCGUCAGUGCCUUUGCCAACGUGGGUGCAUCUUUAGGAUACCCUGGCACCUCCACCUCACAAACAGCUCAAUAUGGUACGCUGAGUAAACUAAUCGUCAUCUGUUUAAUGUAUCGUGGAAGACAUCGAGGCUUGCCAGCUGCUAUUGAUAGAGCUGUGCUCCUACCGUCUGAUCAAUGGCAUGAAAAAGAACGAGAAGAUAUACAGUUCAAGCGACGAAACACUACUGUAUCUACGGCAUCGCCCACUCGUGGCAAUUCUUCAGCCGUAUUCUAUCGUUCACGAACAAUGUAAUUUUCAAACCUCAUAGACGACCAUAGACGCCUCCCACCAUUUUUUUUUUCUUUUUCGAACUUGAAUACCAACUGUACAACUUUCUCCUUCACUCUCACACGCAACCUCACAUCGCAUCUCCGCACGUAAUCAAAGUCCUUUACUGUUCAAUUUGCGCAUAACAUGGGUGACAAACGCCUUGUUUUACACUUGGUAACAUCCAGAUGGCACAAUCUUUUUCAAUCCUUUUGUCAUCCACGAUACCCUCCUUUCCUCUGACCUCGUUUCAUUUGCCACUCCGUAGUAUUAAUUGGUUUUUCAGAUAAUUUUCUUCAGUUCUUUUACUGCUGUAAUACUUUGUU